UACUCGCUUUCACUUUGCUCUCUAUGGUGUCCCGCUGUAUACAUAUAAGCUCACUUCCUGUUUCCGUUCUUUCUUGUGGAGACGACGGCGGGUGAAUAUGGUGAAUGUACCUAAAACCCGUCGGACCUAUUGUAAAAAAUGUGGACGACAUCAACCCCACAAAGUCACCCAGUACAAAAAGGGUAAAGAUUCUCUCUAUGCUCAAGGGAAGAGGCGGUAUGACCGUAAACAGAGUGGAUAUGGUGGACAGACGAAGCCCAUCUUUCGGAAGAAAGCCAAGACAACAAAAAAGAUUGUUUUAAGACUGGAGUGUGUUGACUCAAACUGCCGUUCCAAGAGGAUGCUGGCAAUAAAGAGAUGCAAACACUUUGAGCUUGGAGGAGACAAGAAGAGAAAGGGGCAAGUUAUCCAAUUUUAAGUUGUUGAAGUUGGAUUUCAAAUAAAUACUGAUUUAACUAAA